AUGUCUUCAGUUCACUACAAAUUCAAAGCAACACUCGAAUACAAAACCUUAACUUUUGAUGGCUUGCAUAUAGGCGUGGAUGAAUUAAAAAAAGCAAUAUGCGAUAAAGAAAACAUUCGAACAGAAUCUUUUGAUUUGUUAAUCACAAAUGCCCACACUAAAAGAGAAUAUACGACGGGGGAAUUGGUCCCAAGAAAUUCUUCUGUGGUAGUUCAAAGAUUGCCGAGAGAUAAUGCUUUGAAAUUACCCAAAGUCCAGGAUACAGCAAAUAGCGGGAUUGUUCAACGUUCUGCAGGCGUUUUUCAAACUUCGACCUACAUUAGUCCGGAUGAUUUUUCGAAGCUUACUGAAGAACAGAGGAUUGCCCAUGUAAAACAAGUUUCUGCAGAGAAAUACAGCGCUGCAAACUACCAAAGACGAGCAAUUGGAAUCAUGUCUGGACCUCCUCCACCGACUUAUGUUUGCAAUCGUUGUGCUCAACCUGGUCACUGGUACAAAAGCUGUCCAUUGGUAAUUUCACUUCUCUUCUUCCUCCUUUCCACAUUGAUGAUGAGGAAAUCGAGUGAUCGGGGAAUUUUUAAUCAACAAUGGCCUAGAACGGUUUUUCUUGUGUUUUGCCAUUGAUUCCUCUCAGCGUUUGAUUAAUUCCUUUAUUUUUUAAAUUUUUUAUAAUUUUUUCUGCAAUUUAUUUGCAACAAAUUUAUUUUUAUUUCAAAAAUGGGAAUUAUUUUUGAAAAAUUUUUUUGAUUAAAUUUUCGUGGUUUUUUGACGAUGAUGAAACAACCUUAAUGGUGAGGGACAUUUUUCUUCCAAAAAUUGAUUUUGUGUUCUGAUGAGUUCUGAGGGUUUGUUGAUACACUUUAUUGUUGUAUUUAGACAAUCUGAUGUUAUCAAGUGAGAGGUUUUCACCUUUUAAUUCUUUUCUUCUAACAUUAGGGUUCCCGGGUUGUGAAAAGCUUUUUCAGCUGCGAUUUUAAGAACUAGGUUUAUUACUUAUUUUAGUGUGUUCGUGUUUGUCUAACCACAUUUGAAUUUUGCUGUUUUAAAUAUAUUUGACAGCUAAUUUUUAAGGAAAUAGCCUGCACAUCUCGUUGUGCUCGAUUAAAACCGGGAAUUGCCCCGCUUUCAUACAUUUUACCUUUCUCACAAAUUUCGGUCCUUUUUCACCUUUAUUGAACUUUUAAAGAUUGAUACUAGAGAUCGGCCUGGGUCUGCACCAAGGCCUGGGUUUUUUUAUAGUCAGGCCCAUGUCCAGGCAUUUUUUACCUUCCUGGAUUUUUCCUGGACUACAGGCCUAGGUCAAUAAAUCAAACCCAAUAAUAGGCCCAGGCUUUUCAAAAAUUCCGAUCUCUAAUUAAUAAAAGGAUUAAGUUCCGAUUAAAUUUGGUUUUAUUAUUUUAUAUUUUUUAACCCGCUUCGAAUGUUAAUUUUCGUUUCCCAGUUUUAUUAUUUUUUUUUGUUAUCCUCCUAUUUUUUUAAAUAUUUCUCCAAUUUCGUAUUAU